AUGGCGCCCAGCUUCUCACCAGGACCCAAAGUUACUUUAACUGGAGCCACGUCAAAGGGAGUAUUUGCCCAGGGCACUGUUCAUCAAGCCAAGGAGGGCGGUGCGGAGGCACAGGCGUACGCAGUCCAUUGCGGCAUUGGGCGAAGCGCGCAGGGGAUUGUGGGCGUAACUGCGAUUCUGAAACCGGGAACGCUUCCGCAUGUCCAGUUGAUCGAGAGCAAGGCCGCGUCUGAGGCCUUAAUUCGAGUCGCGGAAGGCCUGACACAGCAGCGCCAUGCCCUACAAUCGUACCUUGAAGGCAUGCCGACGGCGAUCCUCAACGACCCCGGUUUCAAGCUGGAACAGGAGAACAGACCUGGCGUCUUAUCAGGGCCCUCUUUGCUGACUGCUGACCAGGCGCUGUCGAUGAUGAUCUACCAAGCGCCCAACUUUCUGGUGCUGCAUCUGAAGCGAUUCCGCUUCAUGGAACGCGGCAAGGUCGUGAAGAUUGUGCCCUUCCCACCUGUCCUGAACCUGCGACCCUACUUGUGCAAAGGUGCACAGGGUGAAGGUCGACCGGUGAACUACGAUUUGCGCGCGGUCAUCGUGCACGUGGACAAGGCGGGCUAUUCCCACUUUGGGCACUACAUCGCCUUUGUGAAGGGCGCCACGCAUCGAAAAGGCGUUUUCCGAUGGUUCCUGAUCGACGAUAGCAUCAUUCAGGAAGUCGAGGAAGAGUUUGUGCUUCGACAGCAAGCCUAUCUCUUGUUCUACAUCCGCAUCAGUGGUGGCAGUGAAGCCACGAGUUCUGAAAAGAAACGUGGCGCGAAAGGAACGGAAGAAGCUACGCUGCCCAGUCGGUGUAAGGGACUUGGGGGAGCCGUUUGCAGCUUCUUCGCCAGCCACGAUGGACUGUGCACUCGUUGUUAUCAAGAAGAGCAUGGCAGGCCGCCGCCCACAUCGGACCCCGCCACAAAGAGCGCAGGCUCUGCGAAUGGCUCCACUCCCACCUCCAAUGGCUACGCUGAAAAAGCCGCCGCCAAGCCGGCCGCCGUGCCUGCAGGUGUUCCAGGGAAAGCUGGCAAGAGUGCCAGCAGUGCCAAGAAGAAGGUGGGGCCCAACGAUCCAUGCCCUUGCGGCAGUGGAAAGAAAUACAAAAAAUGUCAUGGAGGAGUUUAGCGCCGCCCAUGUGCACUGAACGUUACGGCGCUGUCGCGUCCGUGGCGUGUUGGUUCACCGUACGUGAGCGUAGUAAGGUCGAAAACAUGCUUCAACGUUCC